AUUCGCACUUUUCACGUGAAUUUUGUAAACACAUGCAAUAUCUUUGCACUUGGUUAUAUAUGCACGAUAUAAUUUUUUAAAAAUGUCUCCGGGAAGCUUUGUGAACUCUGACAGUGAUUUGGAAAGUGUUAUCUCUUUUAAAAAUGCACCUAAACCACGCCGUAUUAGCACUGGACCAAAAUACUUUUGCAGCAUAGAGGGUUGUGGCCAUAGUUUCAAACGGCUGGAUCAUCUAGANCUAGAUCGACAUGAAUUCCAUCACACCGGAAUAAAAAAACAUCAUUGCCUUUAUGACGGUUGCGAUAAGGUCUACUCGAUAUUGACCCACUUGAAGCGUCAUCUGCGUACAACGCAUGAACGUGUUGCGCCGCCGACGAAGAAUGUAUCGUGUCAAGUACCUGGUUGUUUGAAAAUGUUCCAGACUGAGACCAAUAUGCUUCGCCAUAUACGAGAGGUACACGAAAAUCCAAAAAUCUAUACAUGCGGAUUUUGUUCAGAAAAGUUCACACAAAAAUUAAAA